AUGGACGCUAGCACACAAACUGAAGUCGUGCGAAAAGACUUCGCACAACAGACGGACGGAGGAAGGGGAGAAUGGAUGAAUGAGGAAAAGGAGGUAGAAAUCUUGAGGGAAAUAAGAAGAAAGAAAGAGGAAGAAGAUGACGUCAUAGUAAUCGCCGUGGUUCGCCCGCACGCGUCAAAAAGACGCAUGCAGAGCGUCAAAACGCAGACCGCGUUUUCAACGAAAGAGAAGGGGGUGCAGACCGAAUGGGUCUUGCACAAAAUCGAAAUCGAGGAAUCCAGGAGACCGAACCGAGAUAUGCUUCUCAGGUACAUAUCUCGCAAAUGGUUCUUGAUCCGGCAAGAGAAUGAAUUUAGGGUGCCGGAAAUGCUUUCCCCGAUAAGGGAGGUAGAUGAUAAGGGGGAAGAAUGGAAGGGAUGGGGAGCAGGAGAAUUUGUGUGGGUCGAGGACGAAAAAGAAAACACACAAAACAACGACAGUAGCAACAUUGACAACAAGAGGAAAAGGACAGACGAUCGUGCUGAAAAACAAGUGAAGAGGAGCAAAGAAGAGAUAACGAAACAAGACAUAGAAAAAAAGAAUGACAACAACGAAAACAAAAGGAAAAGCACGAGCAAUGACGAAAAAAAACAGGUAAAGAAGAUUAAGGAGGCGAUAAAAAAAGAUGAUGACAGAAACAAUGAUAGUAACAUCAUUAACGAAAAAGAAAAUGAAGGGAACAAUAACAAUGUCAAUGAUAAAAAAAAGAGAAAAGGAAACGAAAACGACGGACAACAAGAAACAAAGAAGAUAAAGAAGGAGACAAAAGGAGAAGACAAGGAGAACACAGAAAACAACUACAAUAACAUUAACAAUGACGAAAACAAGAAGAAGAGAACAGAUAACCACGAGGAAAAACAAACGAAGAAGAUAAAGAGAGAAAUAAAACCACAAGAUCUCGAGACUUUGAGUGGAACAAAUUGGUUAAAUGACGAGAUCAUUAAUUGCUACAUGGAAAUGAUCAAGGACGAGAGGACAUCUGUCAUGAAUUCCUUUUUCUUUCCGCGACUCUACCUCAAUGGAUACGAUGCCAUCAAGAGAUGGACUAAAAAUGUCCAUAUUUUUAAAUUCGAGAAGAUGAUUGUCCCGAUCAACCUAGGGAAUCACUGGUGUCUCGCGGUUAUUAAUUUUCUAAAAAAAACUAUCGUUUAUUACGAUAGUUUCGGCCGAGACAACCCGAAGUAUUUGGCUACCCUUCGGGAAUACCUGGUCGAAGAGGCGAAGAAUAAGGGAGAAGAACAAAUCAAAAAGGAUGAAUGGAUUCUGGCGACAAAAAAAGAUAUUCCUCGACAGCGAAAUGGGUAUGACUGUGGGGUGUUCACAUGCCAAUAUGCCAAAUACGAGAUCCUUAAUAGGGAAAUGACAUUCUCGCAGGAAGAGAUACCUCAAAUCAGAAAAAAAAUGAGGAGAGAAUUGGAAGCAGGAAAAAUGGAAGAGUGA